AUGGAUAUGAACAGGUUACUAGGUAAUAUAGACGGCGCAUUGGACAGAGCAUUACGAUCUCGUAAACUGGAAUUCCAACUCAUGUGUGCUGCAGCAGAGUCGAGGCGAGCCGCUAAAGAAAUCCAGGACGAGACUAGUACUGAGGAAGAAGAGACUGAGUACGAGGACGGUGGCAAAGAAGACGAAAAAAAGACCAUAACAACCUUAGGCAAACCAAAAGGGAGUCGGCAACGAGGAUUUGGCGAAACAAACUGGUUUAAUGGCCAGAAAAAUAGCCCAGUCAAGCGUUUUGAGGUAAAACGUACAAAGCUCGAGUCGAGGAAAAGACGAAUAAAAGUGACGGAUACUCGCUGUUUGUAAAAUGUAUUAACAGUUACAACUGUUCGUGUGAGGAGUUUUUCAAAACUGACGCCAGUGAUUGUAAGAAGUGUGUAGGUGAGCGAUUCUCUUCUGAGGGCGUCAAGUAAUUUAUUAUUAGGCAUUUUCCACCACACUACGAUAAUAACACUGAUCCCAUUCCUUCAUAGCUACAAACCUUUGUUCUUCUGUUCACGGCUGCGUUUAUAUUUGCUUCAAGGUAAACAGCGGUGGAGCAACUUGUGUUUCCUUUUCUAAUUACGAGCUGGAUGGAAAGAAAUGUUUGGCAGCUAAUAUUAACUGA